CCAUCACUCGAAAACAAAAAGCUUUUGAGGCACGUAAAUCCCGACCUUUCCGACCGGACCGUGAAGGCAGCGUCAGCGGGGACUGGCACGCCGGGGGGCGGGGUCCUGUGACGUCAGGGGGUGGAAGAAAACAGCAGAGCAGGAAUCAAAACAAGAGACGGACACGCCUUCGAUCUUAAAGGUUAUAGCAGCUUAUUCCUCAAAACUGGUGCUGUGAGAGCUGCACUAAAUCCAGCCUGACGUCCACGAGGAGACCAACAACAACAAAAACAACAACCGUGACCGUAAAGAGAGAAAACAGCACGGCAGAAAUGGAGUCCACAGAAAUGUCAGACAGCGUUGACAGCAGUCGUUGAUAGAGGUCGAAAAAUACCACUGACAUCCGAAUCGUGUAAAAUGCCCAACCAGAAGAACAACAAGGGAAAGAAAAGCAAACGCACUAACAGUAGCGGAGAUGAGCAGGAAAAUGGAGCCUGUGCGGCCGCAACAGGAGGCGCGGCCGCGGCUGCUGCACCCAGAAACGAGCGCUCAAGUGAGGUCCAGUGUGCGACCCCUCUCGGAUGCAGCCUGGGCCGGGCCAUUGACCUGGAGAAGGAUGACUACCAGCGGGUGCUCUGCAACAACGAGCUCUGUCCCUAUGGCAACUGGAUGCAUCUGCAGUGUUUCUACGAGUGGGAGAGCUCCAUCCUGGUCCAGUUCAACUGCAUCGGCCGUGCUCGGUCCUGGAACGAGAAGCAGUGCCGGCAGAACAUGUGGACUAAGAAAGGCUACGAUCUGGCCUUCAGGUUCUGCUCCUGCCGCUGCGGUCAGGGCCACCUGAAGAAAGACACGGACUGGUAUCAGGUGAAACGUAUGCAGGACGAGCGGAAGAAGAAGCCAUCUGAGAGGAGCGUGGGCAGGACUGGGGCUGGUUCUGCAGCUUCAGGGUCAGGGGAAGGGCUGUUUGAGGAGUCCAAGAAAAACAAGGCGCCUGUAGGAGGAGCAGGAGCAGGAGUAGGAGCAGGAGGAGGAAAAUUAGCCCACAGGGUCUCAAGUCAGGAGCUACCUCGGAGACAAUCAGUUGACCGUCAGAACUCCACAGAGAGAGGAGCAGCAGGGGGAGGAGUAGGAGGACCAGCUACAGGAGGACCAUUCCCUCUCGCCCCACAAAAGUCUCCAUGUGACUCCCUGGGAGAGUCUCCUCCUACCGGGUUCUCCUUCUCCCCUACUGCUAGCCUCGGAUCAGGGGGCGCGGGAGCAGCUUUGCGAGGUUCCCGUCAGCUGGGGGAGUUCCUCAAAUCGGCGGUCCACAUGGACACGCAGAGGAAACACCUUUUAGUCAGCGGGGCACUGGGCCGGGGAGGAGCCUGCUCCAUGGGGGCCUCGGGCGGUGGAGCCGCUGGUCCACACCUGGAUGCCGGGUCUGUUCUCCCCCUGCAGCUGUCAUUCGCUCUCCCACUUCACCACAGGCUGACCUCUGGCGGCGUGGGCGACAGCACCCCCCACCCGGUACAGUUCCUGAGACGGCUGGACCUCUCAGAGCUCCUCACCCACAUCCCUCGCCAUAAACUCAACACCUACCACGUCCGAAUGGAGGACGACGCCCAGGCAGGGCAAGGAGAAGAGCUGCGCAGGUUUAUCCUCUCGGCCCUCAGUGCGAGCCAGAGAAACGUGGUCAACUGUGCACUCUGCCACCGGGCGCUACCUGUGUUCGAACAGUUUCCUCUGGUGGACGGGACGCUGUUUCUCAGCCCGUCACGUCACGAUGAGAUCGAGUACGACGUCCCCUGCCACCUUCAAGGGAGGUUAAUGCACCUUUAUGCCAUCUGUGUGGACUGUCUAGAAGGCGUUCACAAGAUUGUCUGCAUCAAAUGCAAGUCACGUUGGGACGGGAGCUGGCACCAACUGGGCACCAUGUACACCUACGAUAUACUGGCAGCUUCACCUUGUUGUCAGGCUCGUCUGAACUGUAAGCAUUGUGGGAAGCCGGUGGUGGACGUCCGAGUAGGGAUGCAGUAUUUCUCCGAGUACAGUAACGUCCAGCAGUGCCCUCACUGCGGUAACCUGGACUAUCACUUUGUUAAACCCUUCUCCUCUUACAAAGUUCUUGAGGCUUAUUGACAUAUGUUGUUCAUGCAUGUUAGUUAAGUUGCUUUUGUUCUCAUAUUUUCUAACACAAUCUAGUAAAGAUUUUAUUUUUGGGCCUUAUGGUGGUUUUAUGUUCUAUUUUUUGUUUUCUUUUGUAUGUUUAAGAAAAGUACGACUAGUUUUAAAGGCGGUUAUCUCUGCUGUUAGAGAAAGGUGUUGAUAAAAGUGUGGACUUGACGCUUCAGUCACGCAAACACGUUUAUCUGUGACAAGUGAAUGUAACUGUAUGCCAAAUUCGCUUUUAUUUUUUAUUUUUUACCAAAAACUUAAAGAUGGAUCUCAAAUAAAGCAGAGAAAG